AUGACUUAUUUUGGGUUACAUCUUCUCACCAGCAGAUGGUUCAUGCUUUUCGCUUCCCUCCUAAUUAUGUCCGUAAAUGGUACCAGCUAUCUAUUUGGUAUUUACUCCAAUGACCUUAAAACAACAUUAGGCUAUGAUCAAACAACUCUAAACACUGUCGGAUUUUUCAAGGAUUUGGGAAGCAGCCUUGGGAUCAUAUCAGGACUAAUCAAUGAAGUUUGCCCACCAUGGGUGGUUCUCGCAAUUGGGGCCUCAAUGAACUUCUGCGGUUACUUCAUGAUAUGGCUAGCCGUCACAGGACGCACUGACCAGCCCCAUUUGUGGUUGAUUUGCUUGUACAUAUUUAUUGGUUCCGAUUCACAAUCAUUCAUCCACACAGGCGGUCUCACCACGGCUGUUAAGAACUUCCCAGAGAGUCGAGGCGUUGUUUUAGGCCUUUUGAAAGGUUACGUUGGCUUGAGUGGUGCGAUGAUGGCUCAAAUUUAUCAUGCUCUACAUGGAAAUGAUACCAAGGCCCUCAUAUUGCUUGUUGCAUGGCUUCCAGCUGCUGUUACGUUCAUGUUUCUUCCUGUAAUUCGGCUUAUGAAGGUUACUAGGCAGGGGAACGAACUCCAGGUUUUCUAUUCUCUGCUAUACAUUUCUCUCUGCCUUGCUGCUUUCCUUAUGGCCAUAAUCAUUACCCAAAACAGGUAUCUUUUCAACAGGAUUGAGUAUAUUGCUUGCGCCGCGGUUGUGCUUAUUCUAGCUUUUUCGCAACUAUUGGUUGUUGGAAAGGAAGACUUCUCUGCCUGGAAGAAGAGCAUGAGUCUGAUGCCUUCUAGAACUAAUAAUAGUUCUUACAAGAAAGUAGAGAUGCCAGCAUCUGAAACUUCAAUGUCAACUGAAGCAGUGGCACCAACACCUGCACCGAAGAAAAGGGUUGGUUGCCUAGACAAUGUCUUCCAUCCUCCGGGAUUUGGAGAGGACUACACCAUACUGCAAGCGCUAUUUAGCGUGGACAUGUUGAUCAUUCUACUGACAACGUCUUGUGGAAUUGGUGGCACACUAACUGCAGUUGAUAAUUUGGGUCAAAUUGGAAAAGCUUUAGGCUAUCCAAGCAACAGCAUCACUACUUUUGUAUCACUAGUGAGCAUAUGGAACUACCUCGGACGAGUAUCCAUCGGCUUUAGCUCAGAAUUCUUCCUCCAAAAGUACAAAUUUCCAAGACCAUUGAUGCUCACAUUGAUACUCCUACUUGCAUGUGUUGGCCAUCUUCUCAUUGCAUUUGCUGUUCCGAAUUCGCUGUACUUGGCUUCCGUCAUAAUUGGAUUUUGUGUUGGAGCACAAAUGACAUUACUCUUCACGUUAAUAUCCGAAAUUUUUGGCCUGAAGUACUACUCCACUUUGUUCCAAUUUGGUGCUGUGGGAGGUCCGGUUGGAACUUAUGCUCUCAAUGUCAAAGUCGCAGGUCAUCUUUAUGACAAAGAGGCAAGAAACCAAUUGGCAGCGAAGGGACUAACUAGGCAAGCUGGGGAGGUCUUGGCGUGUAAUGGUCGAGAGUGUUACAGACGAUCUUUUAUUAUAAUCGCAGCUGCAUCUUUGUUUAGCUGCCUUCUUUCAUUGAUUCUUGUGUAUAGAACAAGGGAGUUUUACAAAGGAGACAUUUAUAAAAAGUUCAGGGAGGAGCCAAAUUCAGCUGACACAAACACUGAAUUGGCAGCCAAUCCAACUGCCACGAAUCCUCUCGUAGAACUAACCUAG